AUGAAUUUAUUAUCUGUGGAACAAUGGCGGCCGCCGUUUGAUUUGGGCUUAGCUUUUAAUAGAACUACGUGGAGAAAAAUAUUUUCAUAUUCAUCUCAUUACUGUAUGUUCGAUGACAGUAGCUGGAGUUACUCCAUGUGGAACCUUUUUGGUAACUUUCCGAAAGGUUACGUCACUAUGGUGAGGUUUAUGACACCAAGAGUACUAAAUUCGAAAGAAAUCGUUUACUCCGAACGGAAAUUUAAUGAAUAUGUCGACGGUUUUAAUACAUUAAAUGUAUUUUGUAAGAAUGUUAAAGCUGUUUUUCUUUUCGGACCCGAAGGUGUUGUUGGAAGGGUACACAAAUGUCCUCAGAAAGAUGACGGCGGCUGGAAUGAUAUGCGUGAUAAGUUGUUAUGUUUGGAUCCGCUAAUGAGCACGACUACUGAGUAG